AAUAUUUCCCUUAUUGAACUGGUUGAUUAAAAGGUUUGUUGAAAAGUUUGUCUCAGUGUCUAUAAAAAAUUGAAUAGAUCUUCAGGUUUGUAAUUAUCCAGUACUUAUAUAUAUUAAUAAUGGUGCUAUCACACACAUGUGUAAGCAUGUGUGUAAAUAUGUAUGAGGGCUGCUCCAAUAGCAAUGCCUCCUAUUUUAUUAUUUUUGCCUACGAUGUCAGAGGUGGAUGUUGGUGGUAUGGUGGUAGAGGUGGAAUCUUCCCCCCAAUAUUCUGUUACAGAUGGCAGCAGAGGGGCACGCGGACAAAAUGGUAUCUGACACGGAAUUGUGUAUGAAGCAAGGGUCUGGCACUGAAUUCCUCCAUGAAGAAAAAAUGGCACCCAUUGACAUUAAUUGACACCUGCUGAACGUUUAUGGAGACUAAACAGUGGAUGUGAGCAUAGUGAGGUGGUGGGGAGUGUGCAGUUCAGCAGAAGCAACAGUACGUUGCCUCCACUGGUGCAGAUGUUUAUUGGCAUGGCAUGCCACUUCUUGUUCACCACUGGUGAAAAUGUGUAGCUAAUGGUGGUGACUAUAUAAAGAAAUAGAGUUUUGCAGCUGAGAAUUUGCUCAGUCAAAUAGUAUUGUUCUCUUUGUAUCUGUUGUAUUUUCUGUGGUUCCAUGGAAAGAAAUAGGAGGCAAUGAUUUUGGAGUGAUCUACAUACAUUUUCUUAUGAGGAAAGUUUUCAUCCAUUUAUUAGGACUUCUUGUCUCAUUCCAAAUAACAUUAAUCUGUACUUGUCAUUGUUUUAUUGCAAGAUUUCUCAGUCUCAAAAUGAGGGCUUUUAUUUUAAAUCUGACUACUUGUGCUCACUUAGUAAUAAUAAACUUGGUAAGAUGACUGAAUAUCUGAUCAUAAAUCCUUUUCUUCAGUUUCAGUUGUUAAAACUGCCAAACAAAGCAACCGAGGUUUAAAUUUUCAGGUAUUGCAUUCAUCCAAUAGUAAUUUUCUUAGAAGUUCCUAGGAAAGCAUUCAUCCAUUUUCUACAAAUUUAAUGAACUGGAUUUUGUUUUUAAUUUUAGUUUUGCAUUUUUUCAAAAUGAAGUGCUCAAAUUGUAAAACAGAAACAGAUUUUCAGUUUUGUGAAUAAGGGAAUGAUUGAAAAUGGCUAAGUUGUUAUAACUGCAAUUUUAUUUAAUGCUGGAAUUUUUUUUUUUUUUACUUGGCAAGACAUCUUGACUUUGAAAAUAUGGAUUCAUUGCGUGUUGCUUGCUCUUCUACCUUUAGGAAGCCAUUGCAGGUAUCACUGCAUUUAGAGCUAACAUAUCUGCAUAGAAGCUCUCCUCCAAGCUUCUAGACAUCCUCACAAUUCUUUGAAGUAGUAAAAGACAUUGAGAGAUUGUCAUAAAUACACCAGAGGGCUGAAGCAGCAGUUAACCACUAACCUGCUAUCUUGCUCUUGGGCUGGGGAAUAAAGAUGGAGCCUGUGAUAGCUUGCUGGGAAAGUGAAUACAGAUUUUUUUGGUGGGGUAUUUUGGGGAAAAGAUGCAGUGCCUUGCAAAGGUAUAGGCUGUGUGCCAGUUCCCCUUAGUGGCAGCAAUACCACCACUGAAUGGCAGGAUGGACUGCAAUGAUGGCAUUGUCUGAGAAAAAAGGGAAGCUAUUUCCUAGACCGGCAAGACUAGAGCUACUUGGUGUGAUAGAUCAAAAUAAUCUUAAAAUAGAUUAAAAACCAGGAGGCAGCUAAUGCAAAUGUCACAACAGCAGGUUAAUGACUGUGAGACAGGAAACUUGGCGGCAAGGGGCCAUUUGCUUGCAGACCAGGGGCAGUCUCCAGACAGCCUGCACUCCAUGCUCUCAGGCCUCACUCAGUGCACCCAUGGAGGUGGAGGAGUAAAGAUCUUUGCUGUCUGGUCAGUGACAGUAGUUUCCGCGUCUCCUUCCUCUCCUUGAGGGUAUCUAGAUAAGAGAUAUGAUGACAGUUUUUAUGCAUCUGCAGCACAAUUGCAAUGAGCUGUGAUUAUAACCAACACAGUGGAGACAUGCUUUGCAGACCCAUCUCUGCAUGAGGUGGGAUUUAAGGCGGAGUAUGUGCAGGCAAAGACAAUGUGCAAUCAAGCAUUGCAUAGAAACUGGAAGUCUCUCCGGUGGUUUUCAACUUCAUUUUUUUUAUUAGUACAAAUAUUUUUACUUCCGCUCAGCAUUAGUUCUUUUCAGGAGCUACUGCACACUGUGUUCAAGCUGAAAAAUUAGCCUGCUCUUAUCCUGAUAUCAACAGGAACUGCAUUAAGGUAUAAUUGUGGUAGGAACCGGAUAAGGACAGUAACAGUUAGCAUGUUAAUUGCUUUAACUCUCUGAAGCAUUUUGUGACUGCCAGAUCAAGGUAAUGUCUAAAAAGCCUGUUGUCUUGCCUACAAGGUUUUGUUUAUAUUUGAACUAAUCUCUUCCAAAUCCCAGUCUACCUGAGGCUGCACUAUCAAUAUACAAGGUAAGGUUUAAAAUCAGGGCUUCCCAACCCUUCUUCUUUCCUCCCAUCAUAAGAUAUUGUCCAUCCCCUAUAGAUGCUUCCCCAUGGCGAGCCAUGCUCACAGCGACCUUACAGUAGAUGCCAGAGACAGUCCUGGCAGAAAUGAAAAUCCUAUUUGGUUCAGCUGAUAAACUUUGAUUCAGUCCCUUUUUGUAAUGAUUCCAUCAGAAUUAGAUGUAUAUUUUUAUGCUUAAUAGUAUUGUAAAAGCCUUCACUGUGUUAUGUAAAUGUAUUUUGUUGUUUUUUACAAGUGGUGAAAACAUAACCGAAAUAGUGUAAAAAAAUAAGUAAGUAACGUGUUUAUAUCUGGAAUUCCAGAUACAAAAUUAAUUUGAUAAAGUUAGUAAAAUUAGGGGAACCAAAUUGUUGGAAAGAAAUCCGUCAGCAGCUGAAACUCAGCCACAUGUGAUUCAAAGCUUUUGUGCAGGUGCGGCAAGAUUGCAACUGGUGUAGUGACAGACCAAGACAGUAACAUAGUAUUAGAGAUGGGUAGAGGUGCCCUGUACUGGCCUGUCCUUUAAAGGACGUUGAUUUAUAUUGAUGUUUCAUCUAAAGAUUUUUCCAUUAAUUAAGAUGAGCUUAUGUAAUCAUGUUAAUGCAUUACUACUUCUCCUAUCCUGAGGCCGUGUCAAUGACAGGCUACAUGUCUGCUUUAACACACCUCUCCAGUAUGCACAUACAUAGUCCCUGCUACACACGAUGGUGUGCAAACUCCAACUGGCUGCAAACAAAGGCAAGAUCAGGGCUGACUCCAGUCUAUCCUUGCGACCAAGACAUGGGCCCAGUUAUGUACAGUUUGUCAAUGAAUUAUAUCCUUAUGGAUCCCUUCCAACUUGGGAUAUUCUAUGAUUCUAUUUGCUCUAAAUGCCUCUGCACUGCCACAGUGGACUAUUUUGUCUUUUAUUAUUGUGUGUUGACUAGCCUUGUACACUAGCCCAUAGUACCUUUUCUAGGCUUUAGCCAUUUAUAUAUUUUCUUUUUAAAAUUGCCAGUAAAUUAGACCUGGUUAUCACCAAGCCAUGUAGCUCAGCAGUCCUUUUAUCCAUCUUUCUCUGCUUUGGUGUUUAUGAAAUAGCAGAAGUUGUGCUUGGGCAUUCUAAUUUCCCCCACAUUCAAAUAUGCACAAAACAGUGAGACUGAAGGCAUUAAAGACUUCCUGCAUCAGGGAAAUAUUUGUUCUGAGGAGGAGACCUGGUACAUGCUAUAUUUCUCCUGGGAGCACACGCUUUUGUCUGAAUCAUGCACUACUGGCUUGUGGUGAACCGUGGUGUUUUAAAACUGUACUGCUGACACAAUAUUGAAGUAGAAUACCCUGAAGGAAAGACAAUGAUGCACUUAAGUAAUUGUACCACACAGCCUGCGUAUGCUUUUUCAAUUUUCAUAUUUACCUUUUGCAAAUAUCUUGUUUCAAUUCCCUUGAGUGCUUGUUUGGGGAACGAAGGAGGAACAGUAAAGUUGGCCCUGCUGAAGCCUUAAAGGUGAGCAUCCAGCUGCUGCCACCAGCACUUGAUCUGGCAGAGCAGCCCAUUCAUUUCCUGGCAAGCAGCAGUGCCGGCCUCGGCCUCCAUGCCACUUCCCAGAAGUGGCUUCGAUGGCGAGCACAGCGACCAGGAAGUGACGUCUGUCGCAGUGGUUCCUUCAGGCACCCGUCACUCGGGGAAGCAAGAACCUGCCCCGUGGCCCCGGUGCCACUGCUAUAAAGCAACAUGCCCCAGCUGCGAUCUAGCACAUCUUCUUCCAGCUGAUGUGUCGGGUGGGAGAAAUGCAGGCAUGCCAGCAGCAUGAGAGGAGAAACAUCAUUUGACUCACUGAAGAAUUAAAACCAACAGCACUGCAGAGCUGCGUGGGAGAAAAGGGGAUUUUAGACUCAAGUGGCACAAUCAAGUCUUGAGGAGUAAAGAAAUUUGGAAUGGCUUCUCCCCAAACAGAAAUUAUCUAGACAGCCUCUGAGACUGCUGCAUCUCUGCAUCCUGCUUCUGCUGCACUGGGACGGUGCUCUUGGCCCUGGUCUUUAAUAACAUGUUGGAUUCUAUCAAGUGCGUGCUGGUGGGAGACUCUGCAGUGGGAAAAACAUCUCUCUUGGUACGUUUCAUCUCUGACACUUUUCCAGACAACUACAGACCCACUGUGUACGAGAACACUGGAGUGGAUGUCUUCAUGGAUGGCGUACAGAUCAGCCUAGGACUUUGGGACACAUCUGGAAGCGAUGCCUUCAAAGGCAUUCGCCCCCUCUCCUACCAGCAGGCAGAUGUGGUGUUAAUGUGCUACUCUGUGGCAAACCACAAUUCCUUUCUAAACCUGAGGAGCAAAUGGAUUGGCGAGAUCCGCAACCACCUGCCCCGCAUCCCUGUUUUGGUGGUGGCCACGCAGACCGAUCAGCGCGAAACGGGGCCCUACCGCUCCUCUUGCAUCAGCUCGAUGGAUGGCAAGCGCCUCGCCCAGGAUGUGCGAGCCAAAGGCUACUUGGAGUGCUCAGCCCUCAGCAACCGCGGCGUGCAGCAGGUGUUUGAGUAUGCUGUGCGGACAGCAGUCAAUCAAGCCAAGAGGCAGAACAGGAGGAAGCUCUUCUCCAUUAACGAGUGCAAGAUCUUCUGAGGACUGCCAGCAGUGGUUUUGCCUAUGUUCGUUGUUUCUGUCUUUGCACAAAGAUGCUGCGGCAGAGAUAAUGGGAGUGAAUCAAAGACAGGAGGACUCCUGUCAGGACCACAGUGCAGGUGGCCCCAAUAAAACAGAUGUGCACUCUGUCUGUUCUGUUCCCCUACCCAACACACAUGGGCACUAUCUUUAAAAGUGACAGAUGAGGGCAAGGGCCCUUAUUCACAGCCCUGUGUUUUUACUUUACCAUCCUGGACUGAAGCAGACCCAGCCUGAAGAUUUACAGAUCACAGUUGUGCUGAUUUUGUUAUCAGUGUUUCUCAGCUGUUGGUUUGUCUGCAUUUAUUUCAUGACAAACCUGCAUCAAACUCCCCUCUUGACAUAUCUGUCCAUGUGGAGUUGUGGUUUUUUUUUUACUCUAAGAACAUAAUGUAUAAAAUCUGACCAAUGUGUAUCUAUUUAAAAGAUUCUUGUGUAUGUUGUUGUAAAAUCCUGACCAUUUGUUUUCAUAUUUCUACCUAAUCACCGAAGCAGAUAAUCCUAUCCAUAUAAUAAAUGGCCUACAGGCAAGCCUAGCACUCCUUA